UUUUCCUUCCAUUUCUCACUCAAAUAUUCUUUCUUUAAGUGGGUCAUUCUUCUUGUUGUAUUCUUUUCUACUCUUAAAUACAAAAGCUGAUGGUGGUGGAAUGGAAUUCUGCAUCCUCUUGUCCUCUAUGUCUGUGUCUAGUGUCAACUCUUCAAAAUUCAAAACCUACUUUCUAUUUGUCGAGAAACAUUGCUUAAACGCAUUUCACCUGAUACUUGAUUCUGAUUUAUGCAUACCACGAUUAUAACAGAAUGUAUAUCUGGAUAUCACGAUUAUAUUAUAUAAAAGUUAGUUGUAAUGUUAUUAGAUAAAAAAUACUCCAGUCCAAUUAGUGCAUAUUUUUAACAGUGUUUAAAGGACGAUUAAGUCUGAAUUAUUUAACGUUUUAUUAAUUAUAAUCCGUGAUUUUUAUGUGAUAAUUACUUGGAUAAUAUUAUUAUUAUUAUUCAUUUCGUCUAGUCCUUGAUAUAUCUGUCUGACUGGUCUCUCCCCAUGUUUUUUUUCCUUUGUAGUGUUUUGGAACUUAGAAAUUGAAGAUCGUUUGACUAACACUGGGGUUUUACAGAGGAAACAACACUCUCAUAGAUUUUCCAAGGUGGGUUUUCAUUUUCUUCUGGUUUUGUAGACGAAAAAAGGUUGAGAAUUUAAGGUCUUAGAGAUCAAGUAGGUAGAGAAGUAGGGUUUUGAGAUUUGCUCUCUAGUCAAGUUUUGUGAGGUGGGCAGCAAUGGAAAAAUACACGACUUUUCUGUGUUAUUAUCAGUAAAGGGGGAUUCAUUUGAGAUUGAUUGAACUUGGUAAGAGAAUUUGUGGGGUUCUGAGUUUGAAUGGUGAGGUUUUGAAGAUGAAGAGAUGGUGAGAAUUGGGUCAAGAUUUAGUGGGAGGUGUUAAGAUUAGUGAAUCUUCAUCUUCUUCAAAAUGAAGAGAAUGGAGAGAGGGAUUCAACCUGCUCUGGUUGAUACAACAUGUCUCUGUAGAGUAGAUGCAGGGCUGAAAACAGUUGUUGGGGCUAAGAAGUUUGUGCCUGGAUCAAGAGUCUGCAUGCAACCUAACAUAAAACCAUCAAUCCAUCCUUCGAGACACAAACCCUCACGCGAGGCCAGGAGUCGGAAUCAACUACCUCUCUUACCUGGACUCCCCGAUGACUUGGCAAUAGCAUGCUUGAUCCGAGUUCCUCGAAAUGAGCACCGGAAACUACGGCUAGUUUGCAAAAGAUGGUACAAACUCCUAGCAGGAAACUUCUUUUACUCUCUUCGUAAGAACCUUGGAAUGGCAGAAGAAUGGAUAUAUGUCAUGAAGCGAGACAGAGAUAGGAAGAUCUUGUUUCAUGCGUUCGACCCUAUUUACCAACAGUGGCAGCCUCUUCCUCCUGUUCCCAAGGAAUAUUCAGAAGCCCUUGGGUUUGGGUCCGCUGUCCUUAGUGGCUGUCACCUCUAUUUAUUUGGAGGGAAAGACCCGAUCAAAGGAUCAAUGAGACGAGUUAUAUUUUACAGCGCACGUACAAAUAAAUGGCAUCGAGCUCCAGAUAUGUUGCGGCGGCGGCAUUUUUCCGGUUCCUGUGUCAUAAACAACUGCUUGUAUGUUGCUGGUGGUGAGAGUGAAGGUGGUCAUCGAUCUCUCAAAUCAGCCGAAGUGUAUGACCCUAACAAGAACAGGUGGUCCUUUAUUUCGGAGAUGGAAACAGCAAUGGUACCUUUCAUUGGAGUUGUCCACGAUGGGAAGUGGUUUCUUAAAGGACUAGGACCUCACCGGCAGGUCAUAAGUGAAGUCUAUCAUCCUGAAACUGAUAGCUGGAAUGCAGUCUAUAAUGGAAUGGUUGCAGGUUGGAGGAACCCAAGUAUAUCUAUGAACGGAAAUCUAUAUGCCCUAGAUUGCAAGGAUGGGUGCAGAUUAAGGAUUUAUGACGUGGCUACUGAUACUUGGGGAAAGCAUAUAGACAGUAAGCUGCAUCUAGGUAGUUCUCGUGCCUUGGAAGCAGCGGCUCUUAUCCAAUUAAACGGAAAGCUAUGUAUAAUACGCAACAACAUGAGCAUUUCCAUGGUGGAUGUAUCAAAUGCUGAUAAUGGCAGAAGCUCAACGUCAGAUCAUUUGUGGGAGACUAUUGCUGGAAAAGGGCAAUUCAAGACAUUCAUCACAAAUAUCUGGUCAAGUUUUUCCAGCCGGAACCGUAUAAAAGUUCAUCUUCUUCAUUGCCAGAUGCUUCAAGCAUAAACGGAUACUGAUUUGAAGUUAGGUCUAGCGGCUGUUCUUAUUUUUGUAGAGAUCUUCUGGAGUUUUUUGGUUAAGAUCGCCUUGGUCAUGAAGGAAGAAAGGAAGAAGACCUCUUUUUGUUGUUGUUUCAUUAGUUCUACUCACUGUAUGUUUAUAUGAUAGCACAAGACUUUACUGCAGUCUUAUAUGUUACACCAGACACUCGACAAUUCAAAUUGUGCCUCCUCUCUGAAUCAGUAGUUUAACCUUUUUGAUUCA